AUGUAUUCUCGACCGACGCCUCCCUUGAAGACAAUCCAUGGCGUUAGGCUUGGAGGCACAUCGGCAGGCGGCCCAGACACCACCUGGGAUGUCACCAUAGAAUAUCGUCCCAACUGCCCGGAAGGAGUGAUCUCCUCUGUUAGUCCAAAUGAUCCUCCUUCUCCCUCCUCGUCUUCGACACCUCUCCUUCUCCCAGCCCUCGUCCAUCCUCACGUUCAUAUAGACAAAGCCUUCAUACUUAACACCACCUCAUACAGCAACUCACUGCCCUCAACUGGCUCAUUCCAGGAAGCCCUCACCUCCACAGCCAAAGCGAAAGCAGCCUUCACCCAAGCCGACAUUGUCAAACGUGGCGAGUGGCUACUCGCUGACUCCGUUGCAUCCGGCGUAACAGCCAUCCGCGGUUUCGUUGAAGUCGACCACACUGUGCAACACACCUGCCUUAAUGCCGGGCUGGUCCUUAAAGAGAAAUGGAAAGACGCCUGUGAUAUCCAACUCGUUUCCUACGCACAAGACCCCAUCUUCUCAACUCCACACGGAGAGGAGAAUAGACGCCUGAUUGAAGCUGCUAUCCGGGAUCACGCACCAGAUAAGCUUGGUGUUCUGGGCACGACACCAUACGUGGAAUCGACCAUCGAAGCUUCAAAACAGAACAUCGAGUGGGCUGUUGCUGCGGCCUUACAUAACGAUCGGCACCUCGACUUUCAUCUUGACUAUAACCUUGCCCCCCUGGAGAAAGAUCCGGAACCGCUCAUCUGGCAUGUUCUGCGGACUCUCUCUACGCUAGGAUGGACGUCGCAGAAGACGAGGAAACGCGUAAUGUUGGGACACUGUACACGGCUUUCUCUAUUCAAGAAAGAAGACUGGAGGCGCCUCGCGCGAGAAGUCCACGAUAAUGAGCUCCCUGUUAGCUUUGUUGGUCUUCCGACGAGCGAUCUCUACAUGGCAGCUACGCCCUCUGGUAAUGGUAUCGGAAUAAAGUCUAACCCUAGAGGCACGCUACCUGUUCUCUCCAUGAUCAAUGAAUUCGGACUCGAUGCAGUGAUUAGCGUGAACAAUGUCGGGAACGCAUUCACGCCCUGGGGCUCUGCGGAUCCAUUGAGUCUCGCUUGUUUAGGUGUGGGUAUUUAUCAAGCUGGGACGGUGAGCGACGCGGAGUUACUGUAUGAAUGCGUGUCUACGCGUGCCCGUGCUGCCAUCGGACUGUCUUCGCCAUCGCAAUCUGAUCCCGGCGUGUGUUUGAAACAGGGCGACUGUGCGGAUUGUCUGCUGUUGUACGAUAUGGAUGAUACUGGCUUUCUCGAACCCGGCACGACUCGGGCUCGGAAGAGCACUGCGGAGGUUGUCUGGGAUCCUCCGGUGAGAACGAGUAGAGCGGUUGUUUCUCGGGGCAGCGUGGUGAAGCGCGCGCAGUUGGCUGCUUCUGAAGCUGGUUUUCGGUUUGUACUGUAA